GUACAAAGGAGGUAUCAGUACUGCCAGGCAUAUUGGAUAUGAAAUAGGGAUACAAGCACUGCAUAGCUGUACUCGCGAUCGAGACAGAGAGAGAGAGAGAGAGAGAGAGACAGAGGAAGAGAAAGAGAGCAUGGCCUCGCAAGCGGCAGACGUCAGUGACCGCGUCGCUGGCGUGCAAAACACCUUCUCCAGCUGGGACAAUUGCAUGAGCAAGACCUACUGCAAAUGGCCCGUCAUCGUCGCAAUCAUUAUUGCUUCCUUGAUCGCAUUCUCCUUCAUCUGGUGUAUUGCCCGAUGUCUCUGCUGUGGAAUGCAAUGCUGUUGCGGCUGCUUGAGCUGUUGUAACGCAUGCUGUCCCUCGCCGCGAGGUCGACGAGAGAAGAAGGGCUAUCAACAAGCUCCGCCGAUACCAUACCAGUACGCUCAGCCACCGCCGAUGCAGAAUCCUUAUCUUGUGAGUGGAGGUGCUGCUGGGUAUGGAGGAGGGAGUCGCAAAGAUGUUGCGCAAACGGCCACGUUCGACGCGCCGAGUAGUCAGAAAGUUUACAACGAAGAUGCUUUACCUGCUAUGCCCAGUUGGCAGAAUGCUUCGAGUCGGCGCAUUGAGCAGUUGGAGGAAGAUGUGGAGUUGGAUAAGAUGGACAAUCAGGUCGUGACAUCCUCUGUGCCGGCGCAGAGUGAGCGACUGUUGAAUCAUCAGCAGAAGAAUCCGAAUUCUUACAAUAAUAAUGGGCAGCAGGCGUUGGAGUCGCCUGCUGCUGCUGCAAGUAUGGCAGGUUAUCGUGGGCAAGAAAAUGGUUCCACGGGAGACAUGGGGUAUAUGGGUGCUGGUGGACACGCUGCACAGAUGGAUCCAUAUUAUCGAGAUUAUGAUCAGCAACAACAACAACAACAACAACAACGUCAACAGAACACUGGCAGGAGUCCAUAUCAUAGCAGCAGCCAGGUCGGAGCAACAGGCUAUUACACGGGUGCUCGGACACCGCAGCACGAUUCACCAUAUGGAACGCAUCAGAACUCCUAUCACAACCUCGCGGAGCCCCAGUCCCCGUCCUCCGUCUACGAGCAGCAGCAGCAGAUUCAGAACCCACGCAACCCAACUUCCUAUCGCAGUCCCAUGUCUGGAGGCUACCACACUGCAGGCAACGCAUCUCCCUUGUCGCCUUAUACUAAUAAUCCAUCGCCUAUUGGCGCAAACAACAACAGCAACAACGAUUUUUACUCCUCUGGGAUGCAAUCAUCAUCGCGUAACAACUAUACGCCCACGAAUAACUCUCCAUACUAUGCGUCCCACACCACGGGGCCGCCUUCAUAUAUGAGUACGAAUGACGUCGUGAGCCCCAUGAGUCCGCCUGACAUUCUGACUCCUGGAGGCGGCGGUUUUGGUGGUGGUAGUGGCGGGAUGGGGAGAAGACCGGUCCAAGGCGGGCAGUUUUAGAGACGUUUGAGAUUUAUACUUGUAUGUAUAUCAAGAAAGAAAGAAAGAAAGCUAGCAGACAAGUAAUGAA